AUGGUCUCUGCAUCCCUCGCUGUCGUUGUAUUCGCUGCUCUUGCAGCCGCUGCGCCUACGCGCCGCGCCGUGCCCGAACCGGGUCUCCUCAUUGCGACGCACACCACGUCCGACACGAGUGCACUCGCUGAGCGCGCCGUGCCAGAACCCGGCCUCCUGAUUGCCACUCACACCACCUCGGACACGAGCGAGCUCGCCGACCGUGCUGUCCCCGAGCCCGGUCUCUUGAUCGCGACGUCCACCACUUCGGACACUAGCGAGUUGAUUGAGCGCGCUGUACCCGAGCCCGGCCUGCUCAUUGCCACCCACACUACAUCCGACACCAGUGACCUCGCCGCGCGCGCAGUUCCCGAACCGGGUCUCCUCAUCGCAACCCACACCACCUCGGACACGAGCGACUUGGCUGACCGUGCUGUACCUGAGCCUGGUCUCCUGAUUGCGACGCACACUACCUCCGAUACGAGCGACCUUGCGUGA